GUAUAGGGCAAACAAAGAACUUAAUAAUGAUUGAUUGAUUUAGGUCAUCUCCAAAACAACGAGACUUGGAAUAGUUUCAUUCAUAAGAAAAGAAAACACACAUACACACCUGGUAUAUAUUAUCUCAUUCUUUCUCAGCUUUAUUUAUAUAUGCACACAAACACAAUUUAUUGAUAUUAUUACUACUUUGCAUUGAUCAAUAUUCAUAUAAACAAUACAAAAAAAAAAAACAUUAAAUACAAAAAAUGGCGACGAAGCCAAGAGUUGGUGGUGUUUUGGCAGUGUUUGAAGAAUUCAACCCCAUUUCAGAAUGGAAACAAGAUGAUGUUCUUCACUCUCUUAAUCUCAUUAUUAAUCUUCCUGGUUUCACAAAGGACCAAAUCAGAGUGUCAACACAAGGCCGGAAUACCAUUCGGGUUGCCGGAGAACGCUUUGUAGCCGGCAACAAAUGGAUCCGUUUCACCCAAGAUUUUCAAGCCCCCGAAAACACCGAAAUGGACACUAUUCGUGCCAAAUUACAAGGUGGCAUCCUCAAUAUCACCGUCCCCCAAAAAACAAAGACGCCCGUUCUUACCGAAAAAUCCCAGGACCCUCCUCCGAAAACUACUAUCGACACUCCAAAAACUACUGCCGACACCCCUCCAAACAAAGCAGCCCCCCCACCAUUUGAAGACAAAAUCUCAGCAACUCAAAAAACAUCAAAAGAUGAUGUUCCACAAUUGUCCAAAGAAAAAGUAGAGCACGCAUCACUUGUAGAUAAAGACGACCAUGUAAUAAACAAGACCGACGAAAGUAGUAAAGAAUUACCUUCGGCAGCCCACCGUGAAGCAGAGGAGGAAAACGGUACAGCGUCGAAAGGGAAAAAAGUAAUCGAAUCUGAUAAUUAUGGAGCUUUCACAAUAGGGAGAUACAAGAAAGCGGUGAAAGGGAUUACGCAGCUCAGUGAAGAAAGGCAGCUGCUGGUGAAUGUGGGGGUGGCUGUGCUCGUCAUUGUCUCCGUCAGCGCUUAUGUCACCUACAAGUUUGCUUCACGAAAAGAUAAAAACUAACUUGUUCUCUAAGAAUACACAAUACACGUGUAUGUAUGUAUAACUCCCAAUUGCAUAUGAUGAAUAAAUGGCACAGUUUAUGAAUUUAGACGAAUAAAACGAAUUUCGUUU